CGCUCAUCAGUGGAGACUAGUUUCAGCCGAACCUAAGGAAUAUUUCUUCUGUUUGUGUCUAUCCCGGGGGACGGAAGUGAUUAAUUUCGGUUAUUUCUCCAACAAAGGAAGACUUUAAUUCAGGGAAUUAAACUCCGCGCGGGGUUACUGAUGGCUGAUCAACAAAAGGACAUUCCCGCCUGAUGGCAGUGAUGGAAAACACGACGUGGAACCACCCUGCAUACGUCCCCCAUUAUCUCCUCCAUGGUGACCCUUUCGCCUCGAAACUCUCCAAAGAGGCCGAUAUCAUCGCAGCAUUUUACAUCUGCAUCAUAGGAAUCUUGUCGGCAACAGGGAAUGGCUAUGUUAUUUACAUGACCAUCAAACGGAAGACCAAGUUGAAGCCUCCUGAACUCAUGACUGUUAAUCUAGCCAUCUUCGACUUUGGAAUAUCAGUGACAGGAAAGCCCUUUUUCGUUGUAUCUAGUUUCUCCCAUCGCUGGUUGUUCGGCUGGGAGGGUUGUCGUUUCUAUGGCUGGGCGGGCUUCUUCUUCGGAUGCGGGAGCCUCAUAACAAUGACCGUGGUCAGUCUUGACCGGUACUUCAAAAUCUGUCAUCUCAGAUACGGAACAUGGCUAAAGCGCAGCCACGCCUUCCUGUGCCUGUUCUUCGUUUGGGCGUACGCAGGUUUCUGGGCAACGAUGCCCCUGAUCGGCUGGGGAAACUACGCCCCGGAGCCCUUCGGGACCUCCUGCACAUUGGACUGGUGGCUGGCCCAGGCCUCCGUGUCAGGCCAGAGCUUCGUCAUGGCCAUCCUGUUUUUCUGUCUCAUCCUACCAGCAGGCAUCAUUGUUUUCUCCUAUGUCAUGAUUAUCUUCAAGGUCAAGUCAUCAGCAAAGGAAAUCUCACAGCUUGACGCCCGCAUCACAAACGGCCACAACCUUGAGAUAAAACUCACAAAGGUGGCAAUGCUGAUCUGUACAGGCUUCUUGAUAGCCUGGAUUCCUUAUGCAGUGGUGUCAGUGGUGUCAGCGUUUGGUGAGCCAGACUCCGUGCCCAUAUCUGUGUCCGUCAUUCCCACGCUGCUAGCCAAGUCCUCCGCCAUGUACAACCCCAUCAUCUACCAGGUAGUGGACCUGAAAAACUCCUGCGCCAGAUCUUCCUGUUUUAAGGCUCUGAAAAAACACAGGCCUUUCAGAAAGUCAAGGUUUUACACAAUCUCUGGCACGGUAAAGGACAGUACUCCAGACAAAGAAUCUCAAAUGGAGAUGUGAGAGUCACUUUAGACUGUGUUACCCUCUUACUUCUUCUUCUUCUUCUUCUUCUUCUUCUUCUUC